AAGUGUUUAUGACAACAUGAGCUAUAAUCAGAAGCCACCAGGUGCCGGCGGGAGCGGCAUGGGUGGUGGUAUACCACCCAAUGGGCCAAACAACUCGCAGCAGGUUGCUAAAACUUUAGCUGGCAUACAACAACAAAUGCAGAGUUUGGUUCAUGGUCAAAAUACAUUGCCGCAAUCAUCACAGGCUGAACUCAACGUAUUCUUGCAGCAGCAGCGUUUUCAAAAUAUGUUGAAGCAACAACAAUUACUGCAUUUUCAAAUGCAGCACCAGCAACAACAGCAACACCAACAACAGCAGCAGCAACAACAGAAGGAUCGCGGCGGUGGUAGUGUUGGUAUUGGUGGUGGUGGUGGUAGUGGAGGUGGAGAGCCAUUGGCUCUGACCCGCACCCCGGCCGCCGCCGAGCUGCUGAAUAAAACGUUUCAGCAUCAACAGCAACAGCCAAAUGGCAGUGCCGCUGCUCCAAAUGCAGCAUUGAAUCAAUUCCAACAGCAAUUGCAGGCAUUACCGCCCAAUAUCAUUCAACAGCUGCAAACCUUGCAAUAUCAAAUGCAACAACAUCAGCAACAGCAACAACAUCAACACCAACAACAGCACCAGCAGCACCAACAACAGCAACAGCAUCCAUCUCAGCCGCCACCAGCGCAACAUCAUCCAACUCAUCAGCAACCGCCGUCAUCGGCGCAACAACAACAACAACAGCAGCCACAGCCAUUGUUGACUGCACAUCAGCAACAGCAACUGCAUGGACAAUUUCAGCAACAACAACAAAAAGCGCUCCAGCAAUUUCAGCAGAGUUUGCGUUACUUCCCAACGGCAGCUCCUACUCAGCCGACCGCUGCACCACCACCAACAGCUGCAGGCAAUAAAGGGGUGAGCGCUGCUUCCACGCAGCCUCCAACGCAAACACCACCAUCGACUGCAGUCGGUAAUCAGCUAAAAGCACCUAAUUUGCCGCCAAGCACUCAAAUAACACCGUUGCCAGUUAACGCCGCUCCAGUGAGUAUUAUUGGUGGUGCAGCACAACAGUCCAUCAAAAACUCUGCUAGCAGCGCUCCAGUUACCACGGCAACAUCGGCUGCUCUGUCCAGCGCUGCCGGCGGCGGUAGCGGCAGCAAUGCUGCCUCUACAGGGGGUGCCAAGCCGGUACCCACCCCCUCCAUUUCGUUGCUGCCCGCCAAAGCUGGCACUUCAACUGCUGCACCAACUGCUGCACACCAACAAAGCAAAUUUGGUGCUGGUAAAACUUCACCUGUGGUAAGCGCCAUACCACCACCAUUCCCCACACACUUCCAGAAGCCGCAAGCUAUCGUCUCAAGCGCCAAUACAGCUACUACCAACAUAACACCGAUAGGUAAGGCCGGCGCAGUGCCAACUGGUGCAGCAGCAAUGGCAAUUAGCGUUGCAGGUGCAUCUGGAGCAACCAAGCCACCACAGCAGAGCGCAAAUCCUGUACCGCUUACAAAACAAGCAUCCCCUGCGCCACCUCCCACUUCGCAAUUGGGAGCAGCCAGUAGCGCAGCUACGACUUCUUCAACUUCAACGCCGCCUGCUGCGUCAGUGGCUGCACCCAAAAGUGUAACAGCGGUCGGUACAGAACAAAUUGCCGCAGCACUGAAAGCUACAAAUUCAACAGCAGCCUCACCUGUGGGCCCAGGUGUCAAUGCUACACGAAUUUCUGCCGCAGAGAAGAACGCCAAGCCGGCAACGUCGGAAAUAGUAGAAGAAGCUAAAAGCGCUGAAACGGUGGGCAAUGCUCCUGCCAAAGCGAAAGAGGAACAAAGUGCAGACAAUACUGCGAAACCAUCUGCAGUCGACACAAAAACUGAUGGGGCAGCAGGCAAAGGGGAAGGUGUUAAAGCCCUGAAGCCCGCUGAUGCUGAAAGUCCGGCCGAGAAAUUAAAUGCACCUGCUGGCGGCGAAAAAGUGUCAACGAAUGUUGCAAGUGGUUCUGAUGUUGGCGGUGACGCAAAACCGGAGCAAAGCAAGCCACCUACUGCUAAGGGACAUGAACGUAGUGAAAUUGUUGCUCCAAAAAUCGACCCUGAAAACAAAGGGGUGGAGGAAAAUAAGAAUGAGAAUAAGUCCGGACCAACACCAGUGUCAACGACAAAGGUAAUAAACCUUGCACCAGCUGAAGAGCAACCCGUUUUGAAGGUGACAACAAAGGAGUUAGAGAUUGGCAGCAAGAAACAAGCCGUUACUGCUAAAAAAGAUCUCGAAGAAAAGAAUGAAGACAAGAUUAAAGAUGUCACUGAACAGAAGAAUAGAGCUACAGAGAAAAUAGUUAUCACAAAGCCAAAAUCGGCUGAUACGGCUGGGAAAAAUUCCCCAGAUACUGUAGAAAACAAAUCUUCACACGUAGAGAAGAAUGAAGCUUCAUGCGCUGUAAAUGACUCGAAAAAUUUAGCUUCUACUGCAACAGAUAUAAAAUCAAAAGCCGAUCUUGUACCAGCAGCGGAGGGAGAUAAGCGUCAAUCUGGUAAAUCUGCCGCCGCUGAUAAACCCAAAGAAGAAAAAACUAAGAUUACAAAGUCGGAAAAGGUUUCAGCGACAGUCCCUACAGCAACUUCAUCUGCAGCCGAACAGCCAACUCAAAGCAACAGCAACAACCACACCAUUGCAAAGAGCACAAAAUCAAAAGUCGCGGAAACCGCUCCAGACUCAACAAAUUCGAUAUCAGAGGCAACCUCCAGCCCAGCUAAGCGCUCAGGACGACAAAUAAAAACGGUAACAAAAUCCACGGAGAAGGCAACUAUUGAAAAGAGUGAAAAAGUAUCUAGUAGCAGUCGAUCUAGAAAGUCAAAGAGUGGUAUAAGUAGCAGCAGCAGCAAUAGUAGCACUGUGGUCGAUGUGCCAGCCUCACCGGCCACGCCCAAGCUCGAGCAAGCGCCCAGUACUAGCGCUAGCGACCGCAAAAGUUCUCGUCAUCGCCUCAAGACCAUUCCCUUUCAAAGUCCAUUGCCUGAGCUGGCAUACAUC